UUAUGAGUAUUGAUCAAAAUUAAUCCAUGGCCGAUAUCGACGAGAUCCCCAGCAAAAUACGUUCUUCAUCUACAUCUUCAAUACGUUACAAUAUUGCCAAACAAAUAUAUCCGAAGCAAUUGUUAACAAUAAAGGCGGGGCCUAUUAAGGAUGAGCUCGGAUUUACCCUCUGCGAAAAGGUGGCUCUGAGGCAGGCGUGGAACUUAAUCAGACCUCGAGAGCGACGAUUUGGCCAGGAUGUAUUCUAUACCUUUCUGAACGAGUGGUAUUGGUCCAUCUCUAAAUUCAAACAGGGUGAAGAUAUCAACAUUGCCCUCUUGCACGGUCAUGCUCUGACAUUUAUCCGCUUUGUGGGCGCUCUAAUCAAUGAGUCGGAUCCGAUCAUGUUCCAGGUGAUGUUAAAUGACAAUAACCAAACGCACAGCCGCUGCAGAGUGGGUGGGGAUUACAUUGCGAUGCUGGGCCAAGCCCUAACGGACUACAUUCUCAAGGUACUCGACAAGGUCAGAUCACCAUCGUUGGAGCAAGGGUUGCAGCGAAUAGUUGAGAAAUUCAAGUCCUAUCAGGAUAUCCAAACGGACAGAUCCAGAACGAGCUACAGACGUGGUUUAAGCAAGAGUAAUUUUAGCUUGCACCAGAUCACAACCAAAAAAUGAGCAGUCUGACCCUUAUUGAUUUCCAUUUGGCACCAUUCCCUCAUCCAAAAUUGAAUGCGAGUGGUUCUCCAAUCAGCAGGGACGUCAUAGAUUCGCCCGCUCGAAUCCAUUCCAACACCAACAAGGCAAAUUCGAAAUUAUAUCGUAUACCGUAUACGGCUGCGCUGCUGCCACUGUCACUGCUGCCGUCACAGUCGCCGUUGCUGCUGGCGUCGCUGUGGCCAUCGAUUUCGUUUCGAUGUUAAGCGCGUUUCCUUUGAGAAAUUCAGUUUUGCUCGGACGCUCAACGCGCAUUCGCACGUUCCAGUAGUAAAAGCGCUUCUACAGAACUGGAGCCGAUCACAAUAGUUGUAAGAGCACUACCGAGUUAUAUACAAAUCCCGAAAUAAUAUAGCCGUAAAUACGGCCUAAGAAUUUGA